AUGGGUUCUGGGAUGCUGGACUGGAGGUUGUCUUGUCUCCUGGUGCAGGCGGCUGUCUUGCUUCUGCUCAGUGAGGGGGAGAAGAUGUGUCCUGCCAGUUGCCGCUGCGAAGGCAAGAUUGUCUAUUGCGAGUCCGGGAUCUUCCAGGACGUGCCGGAAAACAUCACGACCAACUGCCAAGGCCUAUCCCUGCGAUAUAACAACCUACCGGGGCUUCUGCCGUACCAAUUUGCCCACCUGAACCAGCUCAUCUGGCUCUACUUGGACCACAACUCCAUCGCCGCUGUGGACGCUUUGGCUUUUCACGAAUCGAACAAACUCAGCAGUGUCCCAGUGGAGGCGGUGGCGGCUUGGACCUCUCUCACCACCGUUAGUUUGGCGGGAAACUCUUGGGACUGCAGGCCUAGCAUCUGCCCACUAAUGGCUUGGCUUCUAACCAUCCGAGACGCCAAAGACAUCAGUAUGAUCUGCAGUGGCCCCAAGAGAGCGCAGGGCGAACGAGUUGUGGACGCCAUAAGGAACCACUCCACAUGUCCGGACAAUGUGUUCUCCACCACUGCUCUACUUUUGCUUCACACUUCAACCACAGCUAAAAACACCACAAGCCAAUUUGCCCCUUCUCUACCUCCAGAGUUGGCUAUCCCUGAGUCUACGGUGCAGAUUUUGACCCCACCUCCCGUCUUUCACAUCAGCACGGACCGAAAGACGACUAAAGAACCCAUAGCUUUUACAAGGACCACAUUGCAUUUCAAUUCCGAAGCCCCUACUACAUUCAUCCCAGAGUUACAGUUCGAACACAUGUCUUUCCACAAAAUCAUUGCAGGGAGCGUGGCCCUGUUCCUGUCUGUGUCAUUGAUUCUGUUGGUUAUUUAUGUCUCGUGGAGGCGCUAUCCCAACACCAUGAGGCAGCUGCAGCAGCACUCCGUCAACCAUAAGAAGAGGAAAAAGACCAUCAAGCAAGAGCAGGACUUAAACUCGCAACUGCAGGAAUAUUAUCUGAGCUAUCAUUCCAACUCUGAGACCAUGGACUCGCUUGUGAACGAGGUGCGGCCAUGCACAUGCACCGUAUCAGGAUCCAUAGAGUGUGAGGUCUGA